AUUCAUUACUUCUAAAAGAGGGAAGCUGCUUCUAGUCCACGACGGGUUCACCUACUACGAGAAGUCGAAAGGUCGCGGCAAGAGCCGCUGGUGCUGCUCCACACACGAGCCGCUGGGGUGCCGCGCGGCCGCCUACACCGUCGAGGACACGGUGGUGUGCGUAAAAGGCACACACAACCAUCACAGGCAGCGAGAGUUCCAUAGUAACUGAAAGAGCUGUGUAGACCACAUGUAUGACUUUCUACAAAAAAAAUAUGGCAGCUACCUCUGAGUGGAUUAUGUGUUCCACUACCACAUUCAUAACAUCCCAAAGAGGUAAACGCCUACUACUGUAUAAAGGGUUUACAUACUACAAGAAGAGAGGACACUUCAAAUGUCGAUGGUGUUGCUCCACGCACGAGCCCGUGGGGUGUCGGGCGAGCGUUACUACAGUUGAAGAUUCCGUCGUGGCUGUGAAGGGCCCGCACAACCAUUCAGUGCCACCAACUAAAUAUAUUGAAUCAAGAAAAGUCGGAAAACGUCUACUCGUGUGCGACGGGUACACUUUUACACCCGUUCCAAGUGUGGUUAUAAAGUGCGGUGGUGUUGUUCGACCCAUGGUCACCUCGGGUGUCGUGCUGUCAUUUAUACCAUCGAAGACGUUAUGGUAA